CCAAUGCCCGACAGCCAGGGAGUGGGAUCUGCUUACAAGGAGGGAUCAGUACAGAGCGCACCACCACAACCGGCAGCAGCAUGCAGCAGGAGAACAAGCAAUGUCCAGCACAGGGCUACCUGGAGCCUUUCAAACACUUCGCCACCGAGGCCAUUCACACCGGGCAGGAACCUGAGCAAUGGAAGUCUAUGGCGGUGGUGCCCCCCAUCUUUCUCACCACCACCUUCAAGCAGCACAGUCCAGGAGAGCAUGCGGGUUACGACUACAGCCGUUGUGGAAACCCAACAAGGGACUGUCUGCAGAAAGCUGUCGCCGCCCUUGAUGGGGCCAAAUACUGUUUGUCUUAUGCGUCGGGCCUGUCUGCAGUACUAAAUGUUGCCCACCUUCUGGAAGCUGGAGACCACAUCAUCUGUAAUUGUAUUGUGUAUGGAGGUACACACAAAUAUUUCUCCAACCUUGCUACAAGAAUGGGCAUGAAGGUGACUUUCGUUGACUGCACUGAUCUAAAUUCUUUGGAAGCUGCGAUCACCCCAGAUACCAAGCUUGUGUGGAUCGAAAGCCCAACGAACCCAACUGUUGAGGUUAUUGAUAUACAAGGUUGUGCUGAUAUCGUUCACAAGCAUCAAGAUGUCCUCCUGGGUGUGGAUAACUCUUUCAUGUCUGCCUAUUUCCAGCGGCCAUUGUCUCUGGGAGCAGAUAUCUGUAUGUAUUCCGCAACUAAAUUUAUGAAUGGCCACUCUGAUGUCCUCAUGGGAUUGGUGUCUGUAAACUGCGACACACUAUACGAAAAGUUAAAGUUUCUUCAGAUGGAUCUUGGCACCGUCCCAUCCCCUCUUGAAUGCUACCUGUGCAACCGCGGCCUGAAGACCUUACAUCUCAGAAUGAGGCAACAUUUCCAUAACGCUCUGGCAGCGGCCAUGUUUUUGGAGAAGGAUCCUCGUGUUGACAAAGUUAUGUUUCCAGGGCUGCCAUCUCACCCACAGUACGAGCUCACCAAGCGUCAGAGCACUGGAGCUGGAGGGAUGAUGGGAAUUUACAUUAAAGGCAACCUGGAGCAUGCAAAGAUCUUCCUCAGGAGCCUGAAGGUUAUUGCACUUGCUGACAGUCUUGGAGGAUAUGAGAGUCUGGCUUCGCAUUCAGCCAUCAUGAGUCACCCCUCAGUGCCGGAGGAGGAGCGAGCGCGCCUGAAUAUCACCGACAACCUCAUUCGCCUCUCCAUAGGGUUGGAGGACACAGAAGACAUCAUAAAGGACCUGGACCAAGCAUUGCAGGCCGUGUACCCGGACCUUACAAACCCGACCAAGGUGGAGGAUUUACUGCAGCAUCUGAAGUUGAACUGCUGAAUAUUAUUAACCUGUUUAAUCUUCACAAAUAUAAUAGGAUUGUUACAGUGAAAUUAGUAAUGUAAUGUAUGUACACAACAACUCCACCAGCAGAAUAGUGAGUACAGCUCUGGAGUAUAAUACAGGAUAUAACUCAGGAUCAGUACAGGAUAAGUAAUGUAAUGUAUGUACACAGUGACCUCACCAGCAGAAUAGUGAGUGCAGCUCUGGAGUAUAAUACAGGAUAUAACACAGGAUCAGUACAGGAUAAGUAAUGUAAUGUAUGUACACAGUGACCUCACCAGCAGAAUAGUGAGUACAGCUCUGGAAUAUAAUACAGGAUAUAACUCAGGAUCAGUACAGGAUAAGUAAUGUAAUGUAUGUACACAAUGACCUCACCAGCAUAAUAGUGAGUGCAGCUCUGGAGUAUAAUACAGGAUAUAACUCAGGAUCAGUACAGGAUAAGUAAUGUAAUGUAUGUACACAGUGACCUCACUAGCAGAAUAGUGAGUACAGCUCUGGAGUAUAAUACAGGAUAUAACUCAGGAUCAGUACAGGAUAAGUAAUGUAAUGUAUGUACACAGUGACUUCACCAGCAGAAUAGUGAGUACAGCUCUGGAGUAUAAUACAGGAUAUAACUCAGGAUCAGUACAGGAUAAGUAAUGUAAUGUAUGUACACAGUGACCUCACCAGCAGAAUAGUGAGUACAGCUCUGGAGUAUAAUACAGGAUAUAACUCAGGAUCAGUACAGGAUAAGUAAUGUAAUGUAUGUACACAGUGACCUCACCAGCAGAAUAGUGAGAACAGCUCUGGAGUAUAAUACAGGAUAUAACUCAGGAUCAAGAAUAAAAAAGUUGGUGCAGCUCACAAUUAAUCACUAGCCGAGGUAAAACGGACAAACGUCUAUAACCCAAGGUGUGAAAUUAUUACUCUAAAACUGUGUAAAAAGUAGCACAAACCUCAAGGUUAGUGUAAUAUUACAUAUACUUUUUGGAUCAUAUUACUCUAAGACCGUGCAUUAAGUAAACAUAGUUUUUUUUUUUUUUUGUUAAAAUGACAUAUCGCAUAAAUUCCCCACAUAGGGCCCUUGCGGGAGGAAUAGGUUAAUAUUGCAUGUAACAUACAAAAAGAUCAAUAAAAUAUAAUAA